AUGAUUCGAGAUGAAUUGGGAGAUGCCAAGUUUUGUAUUCUUGUUGAUGAAGCUCAAGAUGAAUCUAAAAAAGAACAAAUGUCUCUUAUUUUCAGAUUUGUUAAUAAUUCUGGAUUUUUGGUGGAACGUUUCUUUGAGAUUGUGAGUGUUGAGGACACAACAUCAGCAAACCUUAAGAAAUCAAUUUCUGACAUCUUUGUUCAACACAAUAUUCAAAUCCACAACAUGAGAAGACAAGGGUAUGAUGGUGCAAGUAAUAUGCGUGGUGAAUGGAAUGGACUUCAAGCAUUAUUUCUUAGAGACUGUCCAUAUGCCUAUUAUGUACAUUGUUUUGCUCAUCGUUUACAGUUAACAUUGGUUGCAGCUGCUAAGGAUGUGCCUUCUAUUUGGCAAUUCUUUUCUUAUUUGACUUCCAUUGUAAACUUCGUCACCUCGUCUCCUAAACGUCUUAGUGAUUUACAAUCUGCUCAACAAGAAGAGAUUGCAUAUAUGUUGGCUAUUGGUGAGUGUGAAUCUGGUACAGGAGCUAAUCAAAUUGGUACAUUGCAUAGACCUGGUGCUACUCGUUGGAGCUCUCAUUAUGAUUCUGUUAGGAACUUGAUAGACAUGUAUGCAGCAACUUGUAAGAUCCUUGGAAAUCUCAGUGAAAAUGGGCCAAAUGGUACAAUACGUGGUGAAGCUUGUGGUUUAUGCAACAUGAUUACGAGUUUUGAGUUUGUAUUUGUGUUGUUUUUGAUGGAAAAGAUCUUAGAAACCACUGACAUUCUUUGUCAAGCUCUACAAAAUAAAUCACAAGACAUUGUGAAUGCUUUAAAAUUUGUCUCAACCACAAAAGUCAUCCUUCUAAAAUUUAGAGAAGAUGGUUGGGAUGAAUUUUUUGUGAAAGUAAAGGUUUUUUGUGAACGACAUAAUAUUGAGAUGCCUGAUAUGAGCUGUGGUUAUAAAGUUAAUCGUUAUUGUCAACAACGGGAUCAUGUUACAGUUGAGCAUCACUAUCACUAUAAUAUUUUUAAUGCUGCAAUAGAUUUUCAAGUGAUGGAACUAAAUUGUAGAUUCAGUGAGGCAACAAUGGAACUUCUUGCUCUUUGUUCAGCUUUGGAUCCUACUGAUUCAUUUAAAAAAUUUAAUAUGGGCGAUAUUUGCAAGCUUGCAUCAAAAUUUUAUCCGGCUGAUUUUAGUCAACAAGAAAUUCAUGCUUUGAGAGUUGAAUUGGAACACUAUCAACUUGACAUAGUUUGUGAUCAUGAGUUUCAACAAAUUUCUACUCUUUCUGUAUUAUAUAGAGAAAUGAUUGUGACUAAAAAGGCUGAGAGUUAUGUUAUGAUUCAGAGAUUGAUUCGUCUUGUCUUAACUCUUCCUGUAUCAACUGCAACUGCAGAGAGAGCCUUUUCAUCCAUGAAAUUUCUCAAAACGGCACGUCGCAACAAGAUGGAUGAUGAUUUACUUUCUGAUUGCAUGAUUCUCUACAUAGAACGACAAUUGUCUGAGAAAAUAGACUUGGAAUCAGUAAUAGAUGAGUUUUAUACACUAAAAUCUCGUCGAGCACAGCUUAAGUAG